AUGGCUUCAGUUCUCAAGAAGCAGAUUUUAAAACAACUAGCAAGGUGAGUAAAAAAAUUAUGUUCAUGUAUGUAAUUUAUUGACUAAAUUCUGUUAAAAAUAUACAAUUAAAAUUUAGGUUCACCAAGGGUCUGAAAGAAGAGGAUAUUAAUUUAAGUACGUUUAAAGGAGAAGGUGAAUUAACAUCUUUGGAGCUCGAUGAAAAUGCUUUAAUGGAUGUAUUAGAUGUACCAUAUUGGGUACGAAUUACCAGCGCCAAGUGUGAUCGAGUAUUUUUUCAGGUUCCGUUCAUGGCUAUCAAGAAAGUUCCUAUGUCCUUGGUAAUAAAUUUAUGAUAUUUGAAACUAGUUCUUACAAUAUCCUGUAAAAUGAGUGUUAGCGUUAACAGAUCAUUUUCUGCCAUAAAUUGGCAACAUUUGUUCAGUUAACACAAAAACAGGCACUUUAUGGAACAUUGUAAGGACUGCCUUUUAUAGUAUACAUUAAACAAUAUAAAAAGUUGAAUACAUAAUAUUACUGUAUUAUUAACUAACAAAUUUAAUUAUAUAAUAGAAAUAUUUGAUUAAUUUAUUAUGAGCAUUUUAAUGUACACAGAAUUAUUAAAAUUAUACUUCAUUUUCAGGAUGUGAUUAAUGAUUAUCCUAUUUUUAUAAAAAUUAAGUGUUCUGAUCGAUUUAUUAAUUCAUUUUAAAUUAUUAUUUCAUUUAUGUACUAGAUUAUUAGACAAAUUAAGAACUUAUUAUUUAGUGUGUAUGCAUUUAUGUAAUUUAAAUGUAUACAUAAAAUUAAUUAUAAAUUAUUAAUUUUUCCAUAUAUUUCGUAAAUUGCAAAAGAUUAUUAAUACUUGUCAUUUGUAUAUAUUUUAAAGACUUUAGAUAAAGUAUCUGUUGAAAUUGAAACUUGUGAUAAUGUGGAAUCUAUGGCAAUGCGGGAAAAUGUACAAACUGUACAACCAGGAAAAUACAAAUUUAUUAAUCAAGUUAUUGAUGGUAUGACAAUACAAAUUAAUGAAGUCAAUAUAACUUUUAGAGAUCCUGUUUUUUAUGCUUCAGUUCAGGUAAUAUUUUUAUGUUAUGAAACAUUUGAAAAAUACUGUAAUACACGCAUAAAUAUAUUUAAUUUAUGAUAAUAAUACCAAAUUUAAAAAAUCUUUAACAUUGCAUUUAAAUGAAAUACUUGUUUAGAUUUUAAAAAUAUUAGUACAAUCAAAGUCUCCCAAUUGGGAGUCAACAAAUCUUAAGACAACAAGACUAAAAAAUGAACAGAAAACUCAAAUAUUGAUUUUUAAAGAACUUACUUGGCAGAUGAUAAGAAUUGAAUUAUAUUCUACUAAUGAUCGAAAAAAACCUCCAAUCAAAUUGUUUACAAAUGACAUAAUAUGCAGAUUAACUAUAAAAAAGAGACUUUCAGGUAUCUAGAUAUUUAAUUUUAAUUGUAUUAAAUAAAAUGCAAAACUGUUUAUUUUAUAGAUUGUUUUAUUUUGGGAUGCAAGUUAGCAGUUCUAAUUGAAGAAUUAUUAUGUGUUUUUACCGAUUCUCAAAUGAAAGCUGCACUUCAUUAUAUAGAUUCAUUAGCUGGUGUUGUUAAAAAAUCUACAGAUCUUUCUCGCAAGAAGAAAGCUGUUAGAAAGUUAGAAGUAAUUACUAUUUAUUUUAUUAUAUUUGUAUAUCUUUUAAAAUGAUCUGUACAUAAGUAAAUUAUUUUUAGUGUUUGCCUGAAUAUCAAGCCCAAUUAGAUCAGGAAAAAAGAGGAAAAUUUGUAUCAAAUUCUAAAAGUUCAUGUCUAUUUAGUUUUCAUGAUGUAAUUGAAACAUCUUAUCAUUUUGUUGCACAAAAAAUUAAUCUUCAUCUUAGUGAUGAUCCUGGAAGUGAGUUAUGGCAGAUAAUCCUACUGGUUUAAAUUUUAAUAUUUUUAUUCUUUUAGGUCGAUCAUUGCAUCCAGAUUUAGAAAAAGGAGGUUCUAUACAAAUUGAAGUAACAUGUUUUCAAAUUGAUCUAUAUCCUUAUCAUUUAGCUGAUAGUGAUAGAUUACAUUGGGGUCUAUACAAGAAAGCUAGUUCAUCAUUUUUUCAGUGGCUCAAAGAUUCUCAGUGUGAAUUUUGGGAUAAUUUUUGUACAAUUGUACGAGAUAAUUUCCAAAUUGUUGAUACUCAAAAAGGAAACAUUACUAAAUAUUUAAAAGCUCAAUAUUCAAAACUAAUGACAAGCUGUACAGUUUUAAGAAUGUCUGAUUUUACUGUCUUUAGAGUACAGUCUGGAAGAAAACAAGAGCAAAUUGCUUUUAUUAAAGGUAUUGUAAAGUAAAAUAUAAUUAUAAGCUUUUUUUUUUUUUGAUAGAAAAGUCAAAUGUGAUUUUUAAUUUUUUACAGCUUAUAAACAAUUUUUCUACUAAAAAUCUUCCUUUGAUAGAAUCUUUUCUAAAAGCAAAUUUUGAAUAAUUGGUGCAUUGGGGACUGGGAGGUAGUGUUUUUUAAAUAUAGACCUGGCAUUUUUGACAGAAUUUACAGUGGUAAUAAAAAAAGUUGGGUGUAUGUAGUGAUUUUUUUUAUAAUUAAAUAAAAUAACUUAAAUUACAGCAUUUCAAAAUGUAUUUAAAUGAACCUCAUUCAAAAUUAGUGUUCAUUACAAUUGAUUUAUCUUUGCAUACUAAUAUAAAUGAAAUUAUCUUAUAUAUUAUAUUUUCCAAAAUUCCCACUUUAAAUAGUGGUAUACUCGUAGCAGUAUCAAUUCUUCUAGAUCCUGGUUAUAGAGUGAAGCGAGGAAUGUAUUGGUUUUACCAUGUGUGCUUAUUUAUUUUUUAUGUUUAUGUUUACAAUUUUUCUACCAGAAAUCUUGAUCAAUCGAAAAAUAAAAAUAAAACUUUUUUAGCAUUUAUGAUGUAGUUAGUAAAUUAGGAAGGUCAACCUUUGAUUUUUAAAGUAAUUUUUAUAAUAAUUAGAAAAAAUGGACAAUUUUAUGAUAAUAAACUUUUUUAUUAUUGAUUUUGUUUUUCUACCAAAUCUUAUUCUGAAUUCCUAGAGUAACGUCUUUUUGAAAAAUAUUUUAUCUACUUGGUGCAGUAAUGGGCUGUUUAGUUUCCAUGUAGUUUUCUAUUAGUAAUUUGCAAAAAAACUUUUGCAAAUAUUGUGAAUUUUACAAAAUUAACGGUUUUAUAAUUUUUGAUUUAGUUCUUUUUGUUGUAAUUCAGUUAAAAGUAAUUGUAGAGACCAGAAAUUUGGUCAAUCUUCUUAAUAUAUUGAUCUUUUCUAGACAUGGUUAUUUUUACAUUAUUCUAUCAAUUUUUAAGUUAUUUUGUCAUUUGACAUCUUCGAGAAUUUUAGAUUUUAUUAAGCUUUGUGAUAAAAUUGCUUGCUUUCACCAUACAGAAAACUUUGUAAAUUUAUUGAGGUUCAUUUUAAGUUUUAUUUAAUUGUAAAACAAGUUGAGGAUAAUGUCUUUAUUUAUUUAUAAGCAUUUUUAAUUUAAAUAAUUUUGAUGAAAAUUUUAAAAAUCUCAGCAUGUCAAACAUGUUUAACUGAACUUCACUCAGAAUGUUAUGGCAUAUUAUUAGUUAUUACCAUUGAUUUAUUAUUGUGUACAGAUAUAAAUAAAAUAACUUAAUUUAUCCUACCUCAUAAUUCCCCACCUAUUACAGUGGCAUACCUAUCAGUAGUAUCAACUUUUUUUUUAAUUUUUAAUUUUUAACUAGUAUGAUUACACAUUUUAUAAUUUGUAUUUUAUGUUUUAGGGGAUAAAGAACGUCAUAAAUUACCUCAUGAUUCUAAAAUAAUACAUGCAGAAUUUACAUAUUAUUACUAUCCUGGAGAUGUUGGAUUUCCAUGCAAGUUAAAUUUAAAUAUAUUUUUAUUAUAAUGUAAAACAAAUAUAAUAUUUAAUGAUUUAUAUAUUUUAGUGCCUCCUUCAAAGUUUUAUGCGCAAUUAAAUCCAGUUCAAAUGAAUUUUGAUGCACUAACAGUAUUAUGGUUAAAUACCUUUGUGUUGAAUGUUUAUAAAUCACUAAUGACUACUAAUGUGGCAAAUCAAGAUCAUUUAGGCAGUAUGAUUUAUUUUGACAUUCUUAUUGAAUCAAUUAUGCCCCGUGUAAGUAAUUGUUUAAAAGAUAAUAGGUUUAUCAAAUAUAUUAUAUAAUAUCAAAGUUAACCUUUCAUCAAAAUAUAAUUAUUUAUUUUUAUAUGUAUACUUUUUUUAACAGUUAAUUUUUGAAGAAGAAAAACUUUGUAACAAUCAAAAAGACCGUCCCAAAUCAUUAAAUUUACAAACAAGUCGAGCAACUUUGAGCAAUGUUCGUAGUAAUGAACAUGGCAUGUCAAGAUCUGAUUUAGCUAAUUGUAUUAAUGGAUUGCAAUUCUCUUCUCUUUUCUAUUCUUCUGAAUAUCCAGCUAAAGAUGGCGAUUAUCAUCCAAUAACAGAAAAAUUAUUAAAUCAUGCUAAAGGUAAUAAUAUUUAUAUUUAAAAUAAAUUUGUAUGUAAACAUCUCUUAUUUAUUUAGUAAAAUUUUACUUUACCUUAAUUUUUUAAAGGAAUAUAUAAAACAAUCUACAUUUUAGAAAAGUUUAUACAGCAAACUUUUGAUUAUCUACACAAUUUGGUGGUGCAGAUAAGCAAAUCACGCAAAAAAUCCUGAAUAGGCUAAAAAAUAACACAAAAAUGCUUUUAACAUAUUUUAAUAUCAUUAAAAUAUUACAUUGAAUUUUCAAAAUAGUUGAUCAAUUUUUGAGCUUAUCAUAGAUACUGUAAUUUUGCGAGUUUAUUUUGUAGCUUUAAUUUGGUAGGUACUCCUGUGAAUAAAAUGUUAAACAGAAAUGCCUAAAAACUUGACAGAAGGGUUAUUAUAUAAGUUGUAUUUAAUGGUAAAACAAUAAAAUUGAGUAUAAUUUUGACGAACAUUGUAAAUAUUAUGGCCAGACAAAAUAUUUAUAGUCGAACUUGACUCUGAAUCGUUUUUUGUUAAUAAUGGUUUAUCAUUGUUGAUAAACAUAAUUUAAAUAACUUAAUGUAUCCCAUUUUCCCAACUACCCACUUAUAACAGUGGCCACAUCUGUUACCAGUAUCAGACCUUUUUACAUAUAUUUAUAUAUAUAUACUUGGCUUUCUUUAUUUUCGUUCUCACCUAACCCUAUUGCAACCCACAAUUUUACAACUUGUGUUUUGUGAAAUUUAGUAUUUCUGUUCAUAACUAAAUUAAUUUUGUGUAAUUACAUAUUGUACAAUUGUCUUUUGUUUCACAAAGUUGAAAAUAUUACGCUUUAAAUAGAUGGAACGUUUUAUAAUAUAUUUUAUUUGAAUAAGAGAAAUGUAUCACACACUAUAAUAACACACAUGUAUAAAACACUUCAAUUAAAUUAUUAAGUUUGAGUAACCUACAUAUUCAAAAAUAAUAAUCACAAAAAAAGAACACUUGUAGACUACUAUUUUAUGUGGGAAGAUAAGAUAAAGUAGUCAUUUUUUUAAAUCUUAUUAAUUUCGAAACUGAAAGAAAAGUUGUCAUUUUCUGUUAUUUUAAAAUUUUUUCCUAGUUCCUCAAGUCAUGUGACGUCCAGAAAAUCAAUAGUUUGAUAUCUUGUUCCUUAUUUAUAAGGGCUUCAAAGGAAAGUUGUUUUAUGUGUUUUGAAAUUUUUUCCCAACUUAAAUUCUCAAACAUAAAUAUUUUUAUUUAUUUUUUACUUCAACUUUUAAGAAAAUUAUAAUACUUUAUUUAUAUAUCCACUUUCAAUUAUAAAUUCUAUGUGUGUGUUUAUGAUUUAUUUAAAAGAAAAUGCAAGUUAAGUUGGAUGUUUUUGUUGAUUCAGGGAAUGAUAAUGUACGAGCAUAUCCAAAUAAUAUAAUAGUUUCUACAUUAGAAGAGUUCAUGGAAAAGCUUAGCCGAGAACUUUUAUGGAUUCAAGCUAAAGAUAUUUGGUAUGAUAAUUGGUAUCAUAAUUUAUAUAUUAAAGUAUUAUAAUCACAUAAUAUCCAAACAAAAUCACAAAGUUCAUGAACUGAUGUUGAAUGUCAUAUUUUCAUAAACACAUCACACAGCAUAUACAAACACCAUAUACAUUGUAUUUAGUGUAUUUUAUUUUAUUUUUUAUAAAUCUGUAGUUUUUUAGUAUAGAACUGGGUUAAAAAAGCACUCUACCGUUUAGGAAAACUAGAACCCAGAUACAAGAAGUAAGAAAAUUGAAGGGCACCCCACAAGGCCAUAUCUGAAGAAAAAUGUCUGGCAAAUUAGUUUAAUAAUUUAUUAGCACACUCAUAAUUUUAAAUUAAAUAUAAACACAUUGAUUUACUAUUGAAAAUAUUUCCUGGAUGGGAUCCAGCCCCCUGUAAUCUCCCAAAUAUAUCCUUGAUUUCCUAUCUUCUAUAUUUCUAUUUCUAAUUUUUCAACUUUGUAAGAAAUACACAACCUAUGCAAACAAAAUAACUUCUACUUAUUUAAGUGUUAGUAUAAUAUGUAUUUGUGAUAAUGAUGUUUUGUCUGUAGUUACAAUAGUUAAAUGAAAAAGGGGUUACUCAUUAGUCAUUAGUGAUACUUCCAAAGAGAGUACCUAACUAUAUUUCAUUAUUUGCAUAUAAAUACAUUUUAAAUUUUACACUGGUAAUGUUUUGGUUUUAUUAUGAUUUUGUUUUUUUUUUAUUUUAAGAACAACUUUUUUUUAACCAGAAAUCUGGCUUCAAUCAUUAGCAUUAGGGGUAUUUUAUUAUGGUAGUAAAUUUUGUUUAUUUGGUGUAUUGGGGAUUUUAUUUUUUGAUUUUCUUAAUAGUGAAGAAAAACCUUAAACAGAGAAAACAGGAAUUUUUACCUAACAUAUUAUAACACUUUUAUUUUUGUUCUAAUUCAGUAAAACAAUUGUAAAGAACUAGACAUCUAAAAUUUUCAAUGAGUAUUUUCUAAACAUGGUACAAUUUUCAAAACAUUCUGGUGUUUUUUUAAAUUUCGUACAGUUAAUUAAAAUUUUCAAGUUAUUUUUUUUUAUAAUUAUUAAUUAGAAUUAUAAUGAAUGAAUAAAAUCAAGAGCCUAAUAUUUAUAAUUAGAUUAAGUCCCAGACAGUGAUCAUAAUAUUGCAAUCUUAGAGAGUGUGAUCCUGGUAGUGUUCACUCGUAGUUCAGUUUUGGUAUUUGCACUGAGGGAUAAAACAAUAAAAACUUUUAAAACUGUUUGAUUGUCGUUAAACAUUUUUUGACUUACCACUAUUACCAUAACCUCAAAUUAUGAAUGUUUGUAUUGUUUAUAUACAAACUAUCACUAUGUUUUGUAUUUGCGUGUGCUGCAUAUCUUGUUUGUAUACUAUGUUAAUGCGUUUUUAGAUACUAAAAACAACUUAAAUUGACAAAGAACGAUAUUUUUUGUUUCUUUGAAUAAUAUAGCUUAUUAAAGAAUAUUCCAAAAAUAAUUGUAUGUCCCUAUACUUUUUGUACUUCAUCUAGAGCUAAAAUAAAUCAAAAAAUUAAAUCAUUAAUUUUUCGAUUUUUCUUGUAACUUAAAAUGCAUUUAUAUUUUGUUAAUAUUUUAUUUAUAUUAAUUUUUUUUAUUAUUUAAUAUUAAUAUAUUUUCAUCUGUAUAGGUGUGUAAGAUUGGACCCGGUUUGGGGGGAUUUUUAUGGUGCCAGAGCAGUUGGAUCUACACCAGUACCUUUUCUUGAAGCUUUUCCUUUAACUUUAUGGGUUCAACCGCCUACCUUCACACCAAAAUCUGAAGUAUUUAACAGAAGUUUAAAAUAUUGUGAUAUGACAGUAUUAUGUCAUGUUCCAAAUUUAGUUAGCAUACAAAUCAAUCAUUUUCAGUAUCUCUUUCUUUUACGUGUAGCUGAUGCAGUUGAUGAAGUAAGUAUUUUAUUGAUUUAUAAUAUUGAUUAAUUUAAAAUAAUGUAUACACAUUUAGCUGGCCACCUAUAUUGUUGCUGAUCAACAUAACAUAGUAGGGAACAAAAAGAGUGGAUCGUUCAUAUUUGCAGCGCUAUUUGCUCAAGUUGAAGUCACAUUUGUCACUAGUGCUCAAUUGGAUGUUAUGGGCAAAUCUGGUGGUUGCGAUGAUGUGAGCUCAAGUCUUGUAGCAGAUUCAUCUAGUAUAGCCACUCAAAGUGGCCAUAGCGCACAAUUGAGUAAUAUUAUUCAAACCACAUAUGAGGUAUAAUAAUAUUUUUUAACAGCUUAUAAUUGUAUAUUUUAUAAUAUUUUUAUUUUAUUUUUAUUCAGGAUGUUGGUUAUGUGUAUGAUAUGAGCCAGGCAUUUAGAAUACCAAUGGCCAUAUCAGAAGCUAAUGCCAAUUCUAAACGAAAAGAAUUCAUGUCACAAAAGUCAGCAUCUGUUAUAUAUGAUAAUGUUAAAGAAAUGUCUAAAAUUAAAAUGGCAGAAACAGUUACAACUGAUAUUAAUUUACCGUCUUUCAAAGGCAUGAAAAAACGAUGGUUUAAUUUUGGAACUUCAGUUGAUCAUACAGCAAAACAAAAUAUGGAUGAGUUUAAUGAUAAUGUUUCAGUUAGGUAAUUAUUUAUCUCUUAAUAAUUAUUAACAAAUAACUUAUAUAAUAGCUUUUAGCAAUUAUAGCUUAUAGAUUUUGACUAUUUGAUACCAGUAACUAAUAUCUAUUAACACAUUUUAGGUCUGAUAUGAGCUCAGAUAGUGAAAGUUUAAUGGAUUUGAGUUUAGACACAAAUGAUGGUGCUGAUGUAAUAUUUAAGUUUCCAUCAACUCACAUUCAAAAAGUUGGAUUUAUAAAAAAUGUUGAAUUAGCUUCUGAAGCAUUUGAUGAUAUUUGUGGGGGAGGGGAGUUAACACCACCAACCACAUCUAGUGAAAGGGAUUCAAUUAGAAGUUCUAUGAAACGAAAAGAUUUGGUAAAAACUAAUAUUACAGUAUUUUUUAUUUAAUAGUAUUUCAAAACUUUAAUUUUAUUUCAGAUUGCUAUCACUACAUUAAAAUUUGGACAUGUAGAAAUUUUACACCAAUCAGAAGGUCUCAAUUCAGUAGCUAAAGUACAAAUUACAAAUGUUAGCACAGAAGAGUGUCCUUAUAUACCAUGGGAUGAAUUUCAGGUAUCUUAUUGUAUUAUUUAAUGCAUUAUUUUUUUUUUUCUAACAUUUUUGUAUAUCUUUUAACUUUUUUUUCUUCAAAAUUGCUGCAUGUUGUUAUUAAUCAGGUUAAAACAGUAUAUUACUUCUUUAAAUCUAGUAAGUGAUCUGGGUCUUUAAUUUUUAAAAAUUACCAAAUUUUAUCACUAUAUGAAAACUUUAUAAAAAUAAUAGUAUAUUAAGUAUAUUGAUUUUAUAAAUAAAUACUCCUCGUCUUAUAAUAAUAUUAAGUUAGGUAAAAUAAAGUUUGGAAAAUAUUUUUAUUUAAACUAUUAUCAAUUAAUAACAAUUAAAUGCUAAAAAUUAUCCUAUAUAAAUAAAAAAAAUUUACUUGUGUAUCAACUUUAUUCAUAUUUUUUCUAAUCAAUAAAACAUACAAAUUCUAUUAAGACAAUUUUUAUACAUUGAACAUUCACUCUUUUUUUUUAUUAUUAUUAUUUUUUGUUUUUUUAAAGACUGAUUAUGAAUAUGUAACUAUAAUUGCAUGAUCAUUAUUGAGUUUAAUCUUCAUUUUGUUUUAAUUUUAUCAUUUUCCCUUGGAAUGCAAUGGUGUGCUUACACAAAUUAUUUGCUGUUCAUUUCACAGCAUACAAAGGUACUCAUAAUUACUAAUUUCUGGAUAAUUUGUUUUUUCGAUCUUUAGACUUAUCUCAUUAUUAUCAGCAAGCACUAAAUUUGACUAAUUUUUGUCUUUUAUUUAAUAUAAGAAAAUUGUAUAAAAGAUCGAAAAAACAAUAAUUAAUAUUGUAGCACACAUUAUUUUAGACUAGUUUUAUAGUAUUGAUGUCCUUUAGAUAUACAGGCGCAGCUAAAGCUCAUAUUUUUUAAAUUUUAAAACUAAUAUUCUCAAAUUAGUCUUAAAUUGUUAUAUAUAUAAAUUAUGAAUAAGUUAAUUUAAAUUUUCAUAAAUAACAGAGUUGCUCUCUGAGGAAAUUAGUUUUGUGAGUCAAAUGUUGUGAAACUUAUUUUAUAAUUAUUGCCGCAUAACAAUAAAACAAAUGUCAAAGUUUCAACUAUGUCAUUCAUUAAUGCCAAUUAACACAAAAUUGGUGUAUUUGGUAACUGAAUUUUUCUCCUAAUGAUAUCUAGGUUACACGUUUUAUUUAUAAAUUUAUAUUAAUUAAUGCUAAUCGUAAAUAAAAUAAAAAAUAAAACAAAAUUAUAAAAGAAUAAUAAUAAAUAUACCUAUGCAACCUGACAAUACAAAAAAUGUAUUUACAGAGGCUGUCAUAAUAUGAUUGACUGUAAAUAAUAUGGCCAUUCAAAAUAGCUCUAUUUUGUAGUAUAUAUAAUUUUAAACUUAAUUAAAAAUAAUCCAGACAUAGACUACGAAUUAGAAAUAUAAAAAAUAUAAUGAUUUUGCUAUUUUAUUAAAAUAUAUACUUGGAAUGCUUAUAGUUACCAGUACUCUGUCGUAGUUGCGCCUAACAUUAGUUUAACUAGUAGUCAUCAAAACUUUAAGUUAUAUUUAGAAAUUUUUUAUAUGAAUUAAUAUAUUUUAUUGACUAGGAUAAAUUUACAACCAGAACACGUGAUUGGAAUGAAGUUGAAAGUGUUGAAGGAUUACCACAGAUACCUAAGGUAAUGAUUCGAUUAGAACAUAAUAUAAUGCCAAAACGUGAUGAAAAACUAGUUCAUAUGGAAGAAUGGAAAAAUGAUAACCUUACUGCUAAAGUUAACAAUGUUUCUUUAUCAUUGAAUUCAAAUUCAAUUGCGAGUUUAGCAGAUUUUUUUGUUGAUGAACAACCAUCAAAAUCACUGCCAUUUGAGGUAUGAUUAAAUUAUUAAUUAUUAAUUUUUCAAAAUAAUAAAUGUCAUUAUUUGUAUUUAUACAGGCUACAGUUGAAAAUACAAUAAUUAAAUUAUGUAAUCCAACACAAAAUGAUGCUUUACAAGAUGAAACAAUUACAAAACCAACAGAUACUGAAAUUCGGCUUAGUAGAUUAAAAGUAAAACGUACUAAUGAUGGUUUAGUUUGUGUAGAACCAAUUAAAGAUAACUGUGAUAGCCUUGAUAGCAAUACUCAGUUAAUUCAAUUGACAUUGGAGUUAAAGAAAUGUUCAAUUGAAAAUGAAUACUUACAUAGAAAAUUGGGUACUCUUGAACGAUUAAAAGAAGAAAAUCAAGAAUUACGUAGGUUUCAAGAAGAAAAUAAAAGCUUAAGGUUAGUAUAUUUUUAUGAUUUUACAUUUUGAUAUACUUUUAAAUUAAUUAUUAUUUACAGAUUACUGUUAAGUGAAGCACAAGAUAAUAUAAGUAAAUUAUUAGGAGAGAAACAAAACCUGCUAGAUCAGGUACGCUUUUUGAAAGAGUCAAAAUCUAAUAUGAUAGUGACUUCAAAAAGAUAG